AUGUCAGAAUAUGAGGGGGAAUUUGUUAGACUGAACAAAUAUGCAUGGGAGUGUAUUCUGAUUGAGAAUGCCAUGUGUAAAAGAUUUGAAGAAGGGUUAAAUGAAGAUAUAAAGCUUCUAGUUGGAAUUCUUGAACUGAAAGAGUUCGUUGUACUGGUUGCCAGGCUCAUAAGGUUGAUGAAUAGAGACAAAGGUACCCGGUGCUUCAGUCCAAAACCUCAGGCUAUAUCUGUAGCGAGUGUGGGUAGUGUCAGAGAUGCCAGACUCGAGUGUAAGCACUAUAACAAAUCACAUUAUGGUGAGUGUCGAGUGAAGAAUGGAGCGUGUUUUAGGUGUGGUUCUUUAGGCCACUAUCUUAGAGAUUGUCCAGAGAAAUCUGAGAAAGAGAAAGCUCAGACCACAAGACCGAGCAACACAACUUCGAGAGGUAGAACACCUCAUAGUCCUAGAAAUGUGAGUGGUAGCUGUGGUGUUACAAAAACAUCUACUGUGAGAUCUAAGGCAGAAGUACCGACUAGGGCUUCUGCUAUUCGCACGCGCAAUGAUGCUUUUGUGCUAGAUGUUAUUACCGGUACUUUCUUUGUUUAUGAUACUAUUGUAACUGCUUUGAUUGAUCCGGGAUCAACCUAUUCAUAUGGUUACAGUUUUUCGGCUAAUUUGAUGUUGUUACCUUUUGAUGAAUUUUAUGUGAUUCUAGUUAUGGAUUGGAUAACUCUGCAUGAUGCUGUUAAAUAUGUGAGAAAAGGUUGCAAUACUUAUAUUGCUUAUGUACUGGAUACUAAAGUGUUUGAAUCGGAGCUUGAAUCAGUUCUAGUGGUUUGUGAGUAUCUCGAUGUAUUUCCAAAGGAGUUACCUAGAUUACCACCGAUCAAAGAGGUUGAGUUUGCUAUUGAAUUAGUACCGGGGACAUCACCGAUAUCUAUAGUACCUUACAGAAUGGCUCUUAUCGAAUUAAAAGAGUUCAAAGCAUAG